AUGAACGCUACACGCACCCUCUUCGCUCGCCAGCCCAUGAUCCGUUUCCUCGGCAAGAGAUCAAUUCCCAGCAAGAUUGACCACACUCCUCACGCUCAUCCCGCCGCCCCCACUUCUGACCUCCCCGAAUCUUUCGCUUCCUACAGACAGAAGGCCCAGCAACACGGCCCACUGCACCGCCAGACCGCCGCCAGCCAAUACGGCGGCUUCGUCGGUGGUAAGCCCGGAAAGUCGCUCGGCCCUGUUGAGCCUGCAUCUGGAGAGUUCUUCGACCGUAGCGACCUGCCUGCCCGCUUUGCCAGAACAUCGUGGACCGCAGCUGAGAUCGAGGCCAUCGAGUCCGGCGGUGCUAGCAUGUUCGCAUAA